GGGAAAAAUUCCCCACAAAAUUUCACAUGCGAAAAAUGGCCCCGUCCCCACCCCAACCCCACAUGAAAAAAUAUUUCUCUCCACCCCGUCCCCGUGACGGGAUCCCAGCGGAGCCCCACGGCGGGGCAAAUUGCCAUCCCUUUACAAACGCACAGCAUACCCUCCUCCGGAAAACCGAACAACCAUCCAUGGCUUCCGCUUUCCGCCCUCUCCUUCUCUUUCUCCUACUCCCUCUCUCCGUCACUGCCAACCUCCACAAAUCUAAAACCCUCCUAAAAUCAAGUAUCUUCUCCUCCACCAAUCCCACCUCAAUGAAACCCCACCAACCACCUACUUCGAAGUCACCAAACCCAUCAGACUUCCCAAGACCCAACCUUGCGUCUAUCCCAUUCUCCACCAUGAUUUCGGGUAUACAUAUGGCAAACCCCCGUGCCACCUGCAAAGGAAGGCAAUUUGAUCGGAUUUUUGGGAUCUGGCUAGAUGGGGUCGAGCUUCUUAGGAGCUGCACUGCAGAGCCAAGAGCUACUGGGAUUGUGUGGAGUGUCAAGAAGGACAUAACAAGGUAUUACUCUUUGCUUGUUAAGAAUCAAACACAAAGUCUUGCUGUUUAUUUGGGUAAUUUAGUUGAUCGAACUUAUACUGGCGUGUAUCAUGUGAACAUAACUCUUUAUUAUUACCCUGAUGAGAAGAAAUUCAAUGACCUUGAGAGCAAUUCGGAGAACCUGGCAUCUGGGUAUGGCUCUAGGGCUGAUUUAAUCUUACCCAUUUCACGGAAUUUUCCAUUGAAUGAUGGGUUGUGGUUUGAAAUUGAGAAUUCCACAGAUACUGAGGGGAAGGAAAUCAAAAUUCCUCAAAAUGUGUUUAGGGCUGUGUUAGAGGUGUAUGUGUCAUUCCAUGAGAGUGAUGAGUUUUGGUAUCGAAAUCCACCAAAUGACUAUCUUUUGGCUAAUAAUCUUACUGACAAACCAGGAAAUGGGCCUUUCAGGGAAGUUGUGGUUACGCUUGAUGGAAAUGUGAUUGGUGCAAUUUGGCCUUUUACUGUGGUUUAUACAGGAGGGAUUAACCCGCUCUUGUGGAGACCAAUUUCUGGCAUUGGAUCAUUUGAUCUCCCUUCAUAUGAUAUUGAAAUUACUCCAUUUUUAGGGAAUAUGUUGGAUGGUAAAACACAUACAUUGCAGUUCCGCGUUACAAAUGCUUUGAAUGUGUGGUAUAUUGAUGCCAAUUUGCAUCUCUGGUUGGAUGGAAAGAACACAUAUACUGAAGGGAAGCUUCUUCAGCAUCAGGUUAUGCCUCUUGGCAUUUCCUAUUCAUCAUAUUUCAAGGGUUUAAAUGGAACUUUCUUGACAAAAGCAAACAGGUCCAUAUCCUCAACUGGAUGGGUUAAGUCAUCUCAUGGCAAGAUCACUACUAAAGCCAUUCAGAAGUUUAGUUAUGGUAACUCAAUGGUGAUGGGAAAUAAUGGGAAUGUUCAGAUGGUGAAUCAGGAGAUCCGUUCUGAUGACAGUGUUCAGGUCAAGAAGCCAUAUGCUUUCUCCAAAGAAAACAAAUCACUUAAGAGGUUUCUUAUUGACUUAUACUCCAACGAUAUGGAUCAAGGAAAUAGAACUUAUUUAUCGGUAGCUAAUGUUACGCUGGGAUUUAAUGAAAACAAGUUUGGAGUCAGAGGCGCUGGUUUCAGAAUGCCUGUCAGUUCUCUUGAGAAUUUACAGAAUGGGCAGGGCAUCAAGGUUGUUAAGAACAAAUUGCUUGUCAGUGGAGUUGGGUGUACCCAACAAAAGUAUAAGUAUGAAGGCAAUAAAUUUUGCUACUUUAGGAACAUUAGCAGUUCAAACUACACCAUUCUUAAUGAUGAAGUUGGAAAUGCAUGCAAUUGAAGAACAGGAUCCAGUCUUGGCUUUGGGUUGAGCAGCAGAUGGAUACCUUCAUCUUAGUUAACAGUGAGGAUGGUAAGCUAUUUGACUAUGCAUUCUUUAUCAUGGCUUUUGGUGAUGGAAUGAAGAUACAAGUAUGUUUACAAAUCUGGCUUCUUUGGUGUUGUAAAUUGCAAUCCCAUUCUUCUAGUCUUCGACUUUUCAGUAAACCUGAAAUGUAGAAACUCUGAUCAUUAAUAUUGACAUGUAUAUAUAAGACAAGGCCUGUUAUUAGAGAACAAGACAAGGCCUGUUAUUAGAGAACAAGACAAGGCCUGUUAUUAGAGUGUAGAAAGUCUGAUCAUUAAUAUUUGGCAGUUGAGUUGCUUCAAUACACAUGCUGGCCUGUAUAAGACAUCAUAUUGACAUGGAUAUAUGGAAAUCCAGUUCUCUUUUGGUAAAAUUCAACAUCAAGUCCAAUUUUUGUGGCAGUUGCCAUGCUCAAAUGAAGUGUUUGCAGGGGCUUUCAUGGCUGUAUCCUUUACCAACAUUCACGUUAGUUAUGUAAAUGCUCUACCUUCCAUCCUCUGUUUCCUUUCCUAGCUGCUUCUUUUGGGAAGAGGUUCAGGGAAGGAAUCAAACUUUUGUCAUGAUAAAGAAGAUUUAUAGGAUCACACGUGGCGACGUCACAACCUUCACUUGAGCUCACCAGCUUGAGUCAAACCGCCGUUUGCUCAAGAGCAAUGAACAGGCAGAGUGCGAACUUCAUCUUUCUCCCUCAAAAUCUCUUCACAAAAUGAGCUUAUCGUCGCCAACCAGUUUCUUAAGACUCAAAUCCCGGAGCUUGAAUCUUCAUUUGUACUCUAAUAAUGGUAGCUUCAAUGGAGCUUUUGUGCUGUUUCCUAAAAGAGCGAGCUUUAAUUGCAAGAAAUUUUCUGUAUCCUGCUCUUCUUCCAUCUUCUCCUGGUAAUAUUUACAAAUUAAUCUCAUGAAGAUUUUUUCUUCCAUUUUUUGUUUAGUUUAAGUAAUUGCGUUUUGUUAAAUGAAUCUGAUAAUAGGGUGUUUUUUGUUUCUUCUUUCUGGUUUUGGUCGAUUUUGUUUGUUGUUUAUGUGGUUACUGUAAUUUUUUAGUUCUCAAAUUAAAGAGUCAUUUGAUUU